AUGAUCCCCUCCAACCUCUCCACCACUUUCCUCGCUCUCCUCGCCCUCCUCGCUCUCCUCGCCCUCCCUUCCGCCCACGCCUGGGGCACCCUCGGCCACACGACCGUCGCCCUAAUCGCGCAAAACUUCCUCCACCCCACCACCAUCGCCUACACCCAGCGUCUCCUGAACGACAGCACGCCCACCUACCUCGCCAACCACGCCACCUGGGCCGACUCCUACCGCUCGACCGCCGAAGGCGCCUUCACGUCCGUCUUCCACUACAUCGACGCGCUGGACGCGCCGCCGCACUCCUGCGAGGUGAUCUACGAGCGGGACUGCCCGGAGGAGGGCUGCAUUGUCAGCGCGUUGGCGAACUACACCGAGCGCGUGCGCGAUGAGGAGCUCGGGUGGGACGACAGGAACAAAGCGCUGAAGAUGAUCAUCCACUUCACGGGGGACAUCCACCAGCCGCUACACACGGAGAACACGGCUGUGGGCGGGAACAGGAUCAACACGACCUUUGACGGGCGCGCGGGGAAUCUGCAUCGGGUGUGGGAUAGCAGUAUCAUCGAGAGGCUGGUAGGAGGGUUCAAUAUGAGUUUUGCGCAGGCGUGGGCGUUUAACCUCACGACGGAGAUUAAGCACGGGGAGUAUAGGAGCCGGAGGAGGGGGUGGCUUAAGGGGAUGGAGCUUGAGCAGCCGGUUGGGACGGCGAUGGUGUGGGCGAACGAUGCGAAUGAUGAUGUUUGUACCACUGUGCUGCCGGGUGGGAUGGAGGAUGUUGAAGGCAAGGAGCUGGGAGGGACGUAUUAUCAGUCUGCUGUUCCGGCCGUGAAGAGUGAGGUUGCUAAAGCUGGAUACCGUCUUGCUGCCUGGUUGAACCUCAUUGCUACUGGACAGAGCAGACUGCCCAAGGGUCCGAAAAUGCACAAACGCAAUCCUCAGCCCGCCAACGUCUUGCCGGGGCAGGAGUUCGAGUGGACUGCGGCGAUGCUCGAGAAGAGACUUGCUGUGAGAGCUGCUAGGGCGGAGGCUGAACUCCAUGGCCAUGAGUGCUGA